GAUGAGUCAGCAUUGACUCGGCAGUGAGUCACAGGGCAGAGGAGAACCACCCCUGGGGGCGCAGGCACCAGCUGCCCCAUGGCUCUUCCGCAGACCACUGGCCAUCUCCACUGGCAGCCAAGCUAGGACAUUUUUGUGUCUUGGUGGUUUUUACUUGCUUUCAUUUGGCUUUUUUUUUUCCUUCUUGGAAAUGAGUUUGGACCUCCGUGAAAGUAUUGUAGAGCUGGGACAGAGCCCCGUGUCCCCCAGCCUCAGCGAGCUCAGCGUGUGGGCUGUGGUGUGGUUCCCAAAGCGGGGGUUGGCCCUGGGACUCCAAGGUGUGAGUUGACACCGGCAUCCGGCCAGCCUCUGGAAGCAUCGCCCCUUCUUGUCGCCCGAACCAUUUAAGCUGACCGCGAGCCAGAGCCUCCGAUGCAGCCAAAGGGACACUGGACCCUGGCAGUACCUGGAGCACUGUGCAGUGGUUAAUGCGGCCUUCUCUGGGCUGAGGGUGACUCUGGGAGUGGCUCCCUGCCACGGUGAUGGUCCUGUGUGGCCAUGCUGGACCAGGCGUGACUGAAGACCAAGGCAUGCUGUGUUACUGCUGCCCUCAGAAGCCUCGUCUGGGACACACUGGGGUGUGGCCAGGAGAGCCGAGCGUCGGUGCGCAGCACAGGUGUUCCAGACACACCAGCAUGCCCUUUUGUGUGCACCCGUGUGAGUCCCCGCUUUAACAUCCGCUUCCAGUUGCUGAAGAGACAUCGCUGGGGUGCUGCAUGCGUAGGUUCUUCAUGUCUGUGGUAGUCGCCAGGCCAUCUCCCUUCCUGACCGCCGCCUGGAGCAGUGGUCCUAGUCCUGGGAGAGGGACCUGAGACCUCAGGGGCAUGUGGAAGAGGAAGCUGUGGGCAGACAAGCAUGCUCGCUGGUGGAGCAUGGCCUGUCUGCGGACGUCCCGCCAGCUAGCCAGCCAGCCUGGGGUGCAGGCAGUAUGUCAGGACCAUGUCGGCACAGUGGUGGGUCCGUGGUCGCCUCGGGAGGCUCGCUCAAAGGGCAGAGAAGAAAUGCCGAGCUUGACGCUGCCUUGGUUUUACGUGGCUAGCUCUUCCACAGUACCGAGGGUAAAGGUAAGUACUGUCUCCCUGAGGAUUGAACAGGCCCUUGUCAUGGCACCAGUGGGUUUCCAAAUCCCUCUCCCCAUAACUGCCAAACCAUUGCCUCCUUCUAGUUGAUUCUGACGUUGAGGGAUGCUAGAAGGGCCGCACGGAGCAGCCGGGGUUCUGUAGGCUCCUGUGCAGAACCGUGGCCGCGCCUUCCUCCCGCCUGACUUGUGGUUGGUAGCUGAGUGCUUGGCAGCACCACUAGGGCUCCCGAUGUCACUGGCAGUCCUUAACCCCAGUGUUGUCUCCUUGGCAGCGCCCACCUGGUUUUGCCUACACUGCUCUGCUGAGUGCAGCUUUUAUUGCCGCCUCCAUCUCCGGCACUGGUGGUGGUUCUACAGGGCAGGGACUUGGCAUCUGUUCUCUCCCCUGUCUGCCCAUGCAGGCCCAAGGCUCGGCCUCCGUUUACUGCCAUCCUGCGUGUGCCCGGUCGAGUUCCACAGGAGACAUGUUGUUGACAGAGCAGACCCGCUCUCCUGUGGGGCACAUGUUGGUGAGAGAUUCUUAGCAGCCUCUGGUGUCUCCUCCAGGUGCCCUACGAAACCCUGAAUAAGCGCUUCCGAGCUGCCCAGAAGAACAUCGACCGAGAGACGAGCCACGUCACCAUGGUGGUAGCCGAGCUGGAGAAGACCCUGAGCAGCUGCCCUGCCGUGGACUCGGUGGUCAGCCUCCUGGACGGCGUGGUGGAGAAGCUUGGUGUCCUCAAGAGGAAGGCAGUGGAGUCCAUCCAGGCCGAGGACGAGAGCGCCAAGCUGUGCAAGCGGCGCAUCGAGCACCUGAAGGAGCACAGCAGUGACCAGCCGGCGGCGGCCAGCGUGUGGAAGCGGAAGCGCAUGGACCGCAUGAUGGUGGAGCAUCUGCUGCGCUGCGGCUACUACAACACCGCCGUGAAGCUGGCGCGGCAGAGCGGCAUCGAGGACCUGGUGAAUAUCGAGAUGUUCCUGACUGCCAAAGAAGUGGAGGAGUCCCUGGAGCGGCGGGAGACCGCCACCUGCCUGGCCUGGUGCCACGACAACAAGUCCCGGCUGCGGAAGAUGAAGAGCUGCCUGGAGUUCAGCCUGCGGAUCCAGGAAUUCAUUGAGCUCAUCCGGCAGAACAAGAGGCUGGACGCUGUGAGACACGCGAGAAAGCACUUCAGCCAGGCGGAGGGCAGCCAGCUGGACGAGGUCCGCCAGGUCAUGGGCAUGCUGGCCUUCCCAUCAGACACGCACAUCUCCCCGUACAAGGAUCUGCUGGACCCGGCCCGGUGGCGGAUGCUGAUCCAGCAGUUCCGGUACGACAACUACCGGCUGCAUCAGCUGGGCAACAACUCGGUCUUCACACUCACGCUGCAGGCUGGUCUCUCGGCCAUCAAGACCCCACAGUGCUACAAGGAGGACGGCAGCUCCCGGAGCCCCGACUGCCCUGUGUGCAGCCGCUCCCUCAACAAGCUGGCCCAGCCCCUGCCCAUGGCCCACUGCGCCAACUCCCGCCUGGUCUGCAAGAUCUCGGGCGACGUGAUGAACGAGAACAACCCGCCCAUGAUGCUGCCCAACGGAUACGUCUACGGCUACAACUCUCUGCUGUCUAUCCGACAGGACGACAAAGUUGUUUGCCCGCGAACCAAAGAAGUCUUCCACUUCUCACAGGCCGAGAAGGUGUACAUCAUGUAGACCGCGCUGGACUGGCCAGCGGCAGCGAGCCUCCAAGGAGAGAGGAGACAUUUCACACGUUUGUACUUGAAAACGUUUCGAUUGGUCGGAUUUUCUAACACGCUGACCAUGGAUGCUUCUGGAAGUACUUUGACCUCUCCAGGGCAGCCUUUCUACGGACAGACCCCUGUUUCCCAGUGGGGCAGCCAUCCCCCCAACCCCGACAUCUCUCCACUUCCCUCCCUCUUUGCUCAGAACGAACAGAACCGGGGAGCGGGCUGGUUCUUGAUGACCCACGGCUGCCUGGCCCUGGGCCUGACCACAGGCGUGCCGGGGCUUGGGCUGCCCAACAGGGGACUCCACGGCUCCCUCUUGGAGCUGCUGCCGGGGCCUUACUUCCUGCUCUGAGAAUGUAUCCAUGUGGAGAGCCACUGGACCGAGGUCUGCAGGGGCCUGCCCGCCCGGCGCCCUCCGUGAAGAGCCAGCGGCCCCACGCAGACCAUUGCUGUAGAGGCCUGUAUGUAGCGCUGAUGUGUGCAUGUUGGUGUCCAUUAGCUAAUAAACUGUACAUGUAAAACGUUAAUAAAGGGCUUUCUAUUUCUUC